AUGCUUCACCAAGUGGCACUUAUAAUAUGCCUCAAACCAAUGCCAGCAAAGGAAGGUGGCAGUGUGGAUUUUAAGUGUGAAUAUCCUGCUGGCAUACAGAACAACUCCAAAUUCUUCUGCCGGGCCACGCCCAUGUGCAGGGCCUACCUGAUCGCCACUGUGCCCCCCGACCGCAGGGAGGAAAUCGGGAAAUUCACCCUCCAGGACAACUAUACUUUUGGAUACUUUGUGGUGCACAUGGACGCACUGGACCCCGAGGACAGCGGCACCUACUGGUGCGGUGUCAAAAUGACAGAAAACCCUGAUAUAAUUACUAUAUUCCAACUCAACGUUGCUGCACAAACAUCAACCACAAGAACUGUAGAAACUCUGACACAUCAGAGCCCUGGAGUGUCCUCCCGCUCCAGCAUCCCUGUGGACAAGCGUCACCUGCCCAUGUUUGUGACGGUGGUGUCGUGUCUGUCUUCGCUCCUCAUCGUGUUUCUGUUUACACUCUGCCUCAUUUUCAUCAUUCGAAACUGGAAAUACUCCCAACAAAGAGAACAGGCCCGAGAGAUGUCUGCAGUCUAUGAGGUUAUGAAGUCUGGCGUUCUGCCUAUAACCUCCCGUGAUCCAGGCUGUGAGACGUUUUCAAACAGCCCACAGGAUCCACCAACAGAGGCCAAAUGCUGUCCUGAUCAAAGACAACCCAAACAGACUGAAUCCACUGCUCAGAAAGCUCACACGGAUCUGGAGGACCCCGGUUGCCUCAGCCUGUACCAGGACUUGGACCUGAGCUCAGUUGAGGAACACAUCUAUCACCGCAUCAGCUCCAUGUCUUAG